AUGAGCCAAACGACAGUAGCGCUUACAUACGAUAAGCUGGUCAACCGCAUAGUUCCUGGCCCUCAGAGCCUGAGCUAUUUCGUGCCUCUGGUAAUACUACCCAUCGCCUUCUCGAUCCCACCAUGGACCGUGUCGAAGCAGACGAUUUGCGUGGUUGCCUUGCCCAUAAUCACCGCCUCUCUCGCGCAUGCCUGGACUGUCAUGGGCGGCAUAGACGUCAUAUCGUUCGAUAUGUUGCUACACAGCUAUCACCUGCUCCUCUUCAACAAUCCACGCCGGGACUUUCGCAGGGUACUCGAGGGUCCCGAAACAGCCACCGCAGAGAAGAACAAGACACCGGUUCCAGGCAGUCGUGUUCGAGAUGAUGAGUCAACGACACCGCAAUACGUGGAACAGUCAUAUCCUGCCAACUGGAACGAGAGGCUGCCUUGGAUUGGAACACUGCUCAUCUCGAUGCGUUUCGUAGACUGGAAGAUUGGUUCGCCAUCGCAUGACUCCAAACAGCCUGCUCGCUGUCCGGAUCCUCCGAGUCACCUGCGCUUCAUACUCAAGGCUAUCUUGCGCACUCUCAGUGGGUAUGUCGUGAUGGACCUGACAUCUGCCUGGACGCAACAGGAUCCAUAUUUCAAAACCUUUGGCAUGAGUGUAGAUUCGCCCUUGCCACAUGAUGAUCUCUUGGGUUUGUUGCCACCACGGUUGAUCAGGUGCACUAUUAUGGCACUCCAGGUUUGGGCUACCGUUGGUCAGCAGUUCCAGUUACCAUGCAUUCUACCAGUAGCCCUACACUGGGCAGGCUAUCUCCCAGACGCAUGGAGCCCACACCUCUGGCCAACAUUCUUUGGCAGUUUCAGAGCAAUGUUUACAAGUCUAAGUUUGGGUGCAGUCCGUAACUUUUGGGGUCGAUACUGGCAUCAAACACUGAGGUACUACUGCUCAAGCCCAGGAGUAUGGCUUGCAGACUUGAUGCAUCUACCUCGUCGUAGUCAUAGCCGCUAUUUCUUGCUAAGCGUAGCAACAUUCGUCUUUUCAGGUAUCGUGCACAUCGGUUUAGUGCCACCAGAGCCCAUGUUCGCAACAAAGACAGCGAGCCAGAUCCGCUGGCUGAUUCUAUCGUUCUUCUGGUUACAGCCAGUGGGCUUUGCAUUCGAGAUGGCUGUCUCGGCUGGUCUGCGUCGGUUUGGCACACACAAGUCAAUUUUUGUCACUUUGAACAUUCUGUGGUUCACAGCCUGGUGUUGCUUUGUGCUACCUCUGUUAGGAGAGGCAGGUCGCAAUCUUGGAUAUUGGCGUGUGUGGCCUGUACCGUUCAGUCUGUGGCGAGGCAUCACGACAGGUCGAUGGCUGACAUGGUUCUGA